CCAACAAGGUUACUACAGCCUCCGCACCUUUUUAAACGUCAAAUGUCUCAUUUUUUAUCUGCGCUACAAAACAAAAUCAAAACAUUACGUGCAAAAAAAAGAAAAGAAACUAUUUAAGUGCUCUGCGAAGGAUAGUAAUACGCAUAUUAUAAAUGCUGCUGAUAGUGGAAGAAAAUAAGCAUCCUAAAAGCAGCAAUCAUCCCCCAAUUUACGCCUAGCGCCGUGUGUCUGUUCCUGCUGAUGUUCAAUGGCGGACAGCGACAACGAUAACGAUGGGUUGAGCCUAUUCGAUAUCGUCUGGGAAGACGUGCUGUACGUGAAGCUGUUUCCGCUGCUAUCGCUGAAGGAUCUAUUCAGCCUUCGGUGUUGCUCUCGUCUCGCCAAAACCUUCGUCGACAAUGGUCUCCGCCGGCUGCAGGAGAUCAACCUGUCCGGGAACAAUUCGCCCCAUCUCGACCUUGCUUUCGCGGUGCUGGCCGAGAACUGUCGCAACGUUCGCGUGAUUAAUCUGGCACGCUGUAACUGGCUGCAGGAUAGCAUCCUCUGUCCGUUGUUAAAAUACAACCACAAGUUGACCAAAAUCAAUCUAAGCCAAUGUCUCAACAUAACGCCCCGCUCGAUGCAACCGAUCAUCAUCGGGUGUAAACAGCUCACCACAUUGAAGCUCUCCCAUUGCCAUUGGCUAACGAUUGGCGCGAUGGAAGCAUUGACACUGCACCAUACCAAAAUCCAGGAGUUGGACAUUUCACACUGUGCCGCACUGAACGAACGAUGCAUCUCGGUGUUUCUGCUGAACUGUCGCAUGCUGAAGACGCUAUCACUGUCGAAUGUACCAGCAGUAACGGAUAAUUUGCUUUUGGCUAUUGCCAAACAUUCCAAAUUUAUCAAAAACCUCAACCUAGUCGGUUGCUACCUGAUAACUGAUCGAGGAGUUUUAGCGAUUUCCAUCUGCUGCAAGGAGCUGGAAUCGCUCAUGGUGCGCGAGUGUCCUCACGUGACGGAAAGAAGCCUGGCAGUGCUACGAGGACGCGUAUUCAUCGAUCGUCCUCGCGUUUUCCAACCGGAUAUGAAUAUGGUUCCAAACAUGGGCUUCCCGAGGCUGUUUUUGCAGGUUUAAUUGUGCUGGAUGCCUCUCUACUCGGCACACGCUACACCUGCCAUAUUGGGAUAAUAAUUUACAGAUAAACAUGGAAAAAGGGUGUGAUAGUUAGUAUAAUAGUUAACAAACGUGACAUAUAUACAUACAGCACGUAGCAUUGUAAAUAUAGUGUGACACACGCAGUAGGCGAUACUUGCAUAUUUAUAUACAGAGUCGUAAAGUUUAAAGCAAAAAAUACACGUAAUUUAUUGAUUUCGUCUAUCGGCUAAACAAACGAUUGACUUAUCAUUA